AUGUUUGACCAUAGCCCUUUGGAACGACAGAGAGAGAUCAGCCUUGCACGCGAGGGCUAUCUCUAUGGACCGCCUCUCCUGGGGAAUACGUCUUUCUUUCCAACAGGAGUACUGGGAGACGCCAUGGUGGCUCGCGACAGAGCACAAUGGUUCCGAGACGUAGAAUAUGUGACCAGGAAAGUAUAUCCCGAGAUGAAGAAGGCGGCUACUGCUUUGGCAAAAGCGGGUGGUCUACAAGACCUAUCCAGUUACAGAAACAUUUAUGAUGGUCAAUGGCGCGCGACAAUCCCAGAUGGCGUGGUUCCGGGCAUGCUGACGAACUGGACGCAAGACUUGUUGUUCUCGAUGGAAAGAUUGUCCAUCAAUCCAUAUGUCGUGCGCCGUCUACAUCCACAACACGAUGCUCUACCCUACCCCGUAGAAGACCAGGUAGUACGUCAUUUAGCAGCCGGACACACACUAGCUGAUCUCCACGAAGACGGCCGGCUGUUUGUCGGUGACCAUUCCUAUCAAGCGAGAUAUCCCAGGACUCCUGGACGCUGGGCCGCAGCAUGUACAGGGUACUUCUUUAUCCACCCAUACUCGGGGGAAUUUCUACCUCUCGCGAUUAAGACCAACAUGGGCCGUGAUUUGACAUACACUCCGCUAGAUGACGAGAACGACUGGUUGUUUGCCAAGGUGGCAUUCAGCAUGAACGACCUCUUCCAUUCGCAGCUCUAUCACCUAGCCGCCACCCACGACGUGGCUGAGCCGGUGCACCAAGCGGCCCUGCGCACGAUGAGCUCUAGACACCCAGUGCGAGGGUUCCUGGACCGCGUGAUGUAUCAGGCAUAUGCAGUACGCCCCGUUGGAGAUGAGUUCCUCUUCAAUGACGGAGGGCUCUAUGACAGCUCAUUUGCGUUGCCCAACUUCUCCGGCAAGAAGUUUGCUACGGAGGCGUACUGGGCUCACGCCGGCCAUUUCCGCGCCGCCGGAUUUUACCGUGAUCUAGCGGAUAGAGGCCUGGUCGGUUGCACAUACGGACCUGCCUUGACGUCAUUCCCAUUCUACUCGACCGUAAGCCCAAUGGUGGACACGAUAGAGGAUUUUGUGCGGGAAUUCGUGGCAUAUUACUAUCCCUCCGAUGAGCUCAUGGGCCAGGACAAUGAGUUACAGAGCUGGAUCAGGGAAGCUAACCAGCAUGCGGAAGUUAUUGACUUCUUCCCACCGCCGCUGGUCGACAGUGAGGCACUGACCUCCAUCCUCUCGCACAUCGCCUUCCUAUCCGGCAUCGCCCACCAUGCUCUCAAUGGUCCAACUGUUGGCGAAGCAUCUGCGAUUCUCCCAUUACAUCCAUCGUCCUUCAACCGUCCCCUCCCAGAAGAGAAAGGGAUUGCAUCCCUUCUACCGUACCUGCAUAAUGAAACAGAAUCCAUAAAACAAGCCUCCCUAGUGGUCCGCUUCAAUCGUCCACUGCUGGAGGAACAGAAGGGAAACCUUCCGCAGAUGUUUUCGGGAAUUCAGUUCCUCUCCCAAACGGACACUUCGGUAAAGCGCUCUGAGAAGCGAUUCCGGGACCGCAUGCUGGCCAUAAGUGAUGAGAUCCGCGCCAUGGAGUUUGACGAGAAGGGACUGUCGCAGGGGAUGCCGUUUAUCUGGAGGUCGAUUGAUCCUCGCAAGGUUCCGUUUUAUCUGUGUGUGUAA